GCCGGGUUAAAGAAUCUUAGAGUGAUCUUCUAAUUAACAUACCUUUUAGGUUAUGCGGCUCGUGCAUUUUGAAAUUUGGCAGGAACUGCUGUGAUGUGAGCUGAGUAUCGCCAAGAUUGAGACAUGUGAUCGUUGAAACUAAAAAGUGACGUCACGAUGUGCUCCUGGGCCGUGGCAGUCCUCAUCGUCCUCUUCGCUGUGGGUGGUGAAGGCCAGGAGCACGGGCCAGUGUUCCUGAUGGAGCCUCCAUCGAAGCUGCUGUUCUCGAACACUACCGGAGCAAGGGUCUCGUGCGCUGCCCACGGCUUUCCAUCACCGCAGAUAGCUUGGCAGCUGCCUGAUGGUACUCAGAUGGACGACGUGCCAGGUUUAAGGCAAUUCCUCGACAAUGGAACGUUGGUUUUCCUGCCGUUCGCAGCAGUGAACUACAGGCAGGACGUGCACGCGACGAUAUACAGGUGCAGGGCUCACAACGCGCACGGCACGAUCAUUUCACGGGAUAUGAGGACUCAGGCUGUGGUGUGGCAAGAUUGGCAAGUUCACGUGACGUCCACGUCAGCAGAGGCGGGAGGCCCGGCGCUCCUCACCUGCACCACUCCAGCCCCGAUGAAGGAUCACGCGUCGGUAGCCGCCUGGUACAGAGACGACGAAGUUCUGCCAUCUUCAGAUCACCUUUCCGGUCCCACGCUGCUCGUGGAUGAAGGUUGGAAGAUGAUAGUGCGUUCCGUCCGCUUGGAAGACUCCCGAGCCAAAUAUUCCUGUUCAGUUCUGGACUCGCUGACUGGAGAACGAAGACGGAGUACCCCUGUCAAUAUUGAAGUGUCUCCAGUCACCGUGUCUUCAGCUCCACGCGCCGUUUCGCAUGGUCAGUGGGAAGCCAGCGUGCGAAGGGGCGGCGACGUAGUCCUACCGUGUAUGGUGCAUGCGAACCCGCCACCAACGAUCACGUGGUACCGGGAGACAGGUGGUGGCGUUCUGCGGGAAAUACGAGACGGUGAAGGCAACGGUCGCUACAGCAAAACACAUGACGCGCUGUCAAUAAGGAGAACAGAGAUUGCAGACGGCGGUCGAUGGGCGUGCAGAGCAGCCAAUUCCCAUGGCCACAUUACGUUGCGGCUUCAUUUGGCUGUCCACGCGCAUCUAACGGCUCACGCGCAACCUCACACCCAGGUAGUCAAUAGUGGAGGAACAGCCACAAUGAACUGCACUUGGGGAGGAUGGCCAUCCCCUCGACUUGAGUGGCUUCAUAACGGCAUUCCUCUUGGCGCUGGAGUUGCGGGUGGCAGGGUCCGGGUCCUCAACAACGGGGAGCAGCUUAUUAUCUCAUCAGUCCAUCGAGCUGAUAAAGGAGUGUAUCAGUGUAUAGCCAGAAAUGAACUGGAUUCCGCACAGGCCAGCGCUGAGCUGAGGCUGGGAGAUACGGCACCAGAACUCCAGUAUACCUUCAUAGAGCAAGUGCUUCGACCGGGUCAAGUUGUCACUUUGAAAUGCUCAGCAGUGGGAUCUCCACCUCCACACUUCUCUUGGAUGCUUGAUGGUCAACCUUUAAACACCAUGGCAAGGGGACACAGGUAUAGCGUGGAACAAUUCGCAACGAAGUCUAAUGAUGUGAUCAGCUAUUUAAACAUCACGUCUGUGAGAUCGGAAGACGGUGGCUUAUUCACGUGUCGAGCUGCUAAUUCACUCGGAGAGGUCUCGCAUACUUCCAGACUUAACAUCUAUGGACCUCCAUACGUCAGGUCGAUUGGACCAAUAAGAGCUGUCGCCGGUCGUGAGUUAUUACUUUACUGCCCGUACUCUGGCUAUCCUAUCAGCUCAGUAAAAUGGGAACGAGACGGAAGCCCAGUAGAAUGGGAGAGCAACAUUGAUGGCGGCCUGAAAGUGUCAAGAGUGGAAGCAUCUCAUGCAGGCGCCUAUACUUGUGCCGUAACUGGACCUCACGGAGAGAUAGCCAGGAGGGAGUUGCAGCUCGUUGUUAGCAAUCCACCUGAAAUAGAACCUUUUUCAUUCUCUGCGAACCUACAAGAGGGAAAACGGGCACAAGUCAGUUGCAGUGUCACUUCCGGAGACAUGCCGGUUCAUUUCACUUGGCUCAAAGACAAUGGACCUAUUCCUUCUAACUUGCAGGUGGAAGAGCGGGGUGCAGAGUUUUUCAGCAAUCUAGUAUUCAAAGAGGUGUCCGCCCGUCACAGCGGGUUGUACACUUGUGUGGCUUCUAACACUGCAGCGAAAGUUAACUAUACCGCUGAACUGGUGGUCAAAGUAUCGCCAAAGUGGGUAUUGGAGCCCAAGGAUGAAGCUGUUUUGGCUGGCGAGUCUCUAUCUCUUCACUGUCAAACGACCGGAUCUCCAACGCCACAGGUCACGUGGUUAAAGCAGAGGAGUGGGACUUCGUCAGCUGAUUACGCACCUCUGGUAAACCUCGGUGGCAGAUUUCAAUUCUAUCUGAACGGCACGUUGUGGAUCGAGUCAGCCCUGGCCUACGACGAGGGAAAUUAUAUGUGCAAAUCGGAAAAUGGUGUGGGCACCGCACUCACUAAAAUCAUUUUCGUUGCUGUCAACGAGCCAGCCAGGUUUGAAGUGACGUCACACAAUAUGACGGCGCGUCGUGACGCGCCCGUGACGUUGUCUUGUGACGUCCGCGGUGACAGUCCUAUACGCGUCACGUGGGCUCACAACACGAAUCACUUAGAUCUUAACACUUAUAGGCUAAGUAUCUCCGAAGCAAAGACUGAUAGUGGUUUAAGGUCGCAACUGUACAUCAGCAGAACAGACAGACAGGACUCGGGAAUCUACAAGUGCCAGGCCGUCAACGCGUAUGGUCAUAGUGACCAUUACAUUUAUUUAUCCGUCCAAGAAAAACCUGACACGCCCCAUUCACUGUCCGUGAUCGAGAUCCUGAGUCGGGCCGUUCGUUUGUCCUGGAGUCAGGGCUUCGAUGGCAACAGCCCGCUCAUGGGAUACACGCUGCAGUACGCCGUGCUAUCCACACAAGGCGCUAUACGGGUCAACCAAUGGGAUUCUGCGCAUAGCGUUAACGUUUCCGUCCAUGGAGCUUCCCCGUCUCAUGUUACAUUGACGAAGAAAGGCGACAUUCACUACGAAGCUCUACUCGGCAGCUUGAAGCCUCACACGGCGUACAUGAUUCGGAUAGCAGCCAUCAAUCAAAUAGACAGAAGCACUUUCACUGAACCAGUUGUCGUGAAAACACAAGAAGAAGCUCCAUCAGAGCCGCCUACGAAUGUCCACGUGACUCCUGGAGGUCCUGGCGAGCUGCACGUGUCCUGGCGGCCCCCUCCCCGCGAGGCGUGGCAUGGAGAACUUCUCGGAUACUCGGUAACGUGCACCGAAGUGAACCCGGCUGGUCCAUCAAUGAGGAAUGCUUCAAGAACCUUAACAGUUAAUGGUUGGUCGGCCACUGAACUGAGUUUGUCUGCACUGCGAAAGUUCACGCGGUACGAAGUCCGGGUACGAGCUUUCAAUGGAGUGGCAGCGGGACCAGCUUCUGCUCCUGUAUCAGCUACUACUCUUGAGGGGGUUCCAGAAUCCCAUCCCACAAGAGUUUCCUGUGCGGCUUUAUCGUCAUCCAGCAUGAAGGUGUCUUGGAAUCCUCCUCCGAUCGGACAGCAUGGAGGUCUCAUCCAGGGCUAUAAGGUUAUCUAUGCACCGCUUUCAACGGACCAUGAAGAUGUCGGUGAAAUUAAGCGUGUGACCACGACUGACACCUAUCUGCACACUCUAAGGAAAUACACUAACUACUCUGUACAAGUUUUGGCUUUCACGAAUGCCGGUGACGGAAAACGGAGUCCUCCUAUUCACUGUAUGACUGAGGAAGAUGUACCAUCAGCACCUGAAAACAUCAAAGCUCUCGCGUAUUCCAUUGACUCGGUUCUAGUGAGCUGGCUACCUCCAGUUCAUCCAAACGGCGUUAUUUCACAUUACACAGUUUACUACCGAGAAGCCGGACGAUUAGGCAAGCACUCCAGCUUCACUGUGUCAGCUGAUAAGCAAACGGAUGCGGAACUAAUGUUCCAAGUGCGAAAUUUAGCUGAAAAUCAGCUUUACGAAUUCUGGGUGUCCGCCACCACUGGUUCCGGAGAAGGGGAAUCCACGCUUGUAGUCGGCCAGGGACCUAGCUCUAGAAUUCCAGCGCGCAUCGCUUCGUUCGGGCGUUGGGUAUCUGUGGGAGUUGGUCAGUCGCUGCUGCUUUUGUGCACGUGCGUGGGCUCGCCGACGCCGCGCUCGCGGUGGACACAUGCGCGCUCGCCCGUCACACACCACGCCUUCUACCAGGUCACGCACCGAGGACAUCUGCAUAUACGAGAAGUAAACGAGCAGUCCUCAGGAAACUUCACAUGUACAGCGAGCAACACGAUCGGAGAGGACUCCAUAGUGUAUGUAGUGGCAGCCAUCCUUCCUCCAGCCGCGCCAUCCCUGAAGCUCCAGUACACCACGACGUCCAGUAUAAAGCUGCACUGGCAACUACCGAGCGAGAAUACCGAACCGAUAUUGGGGUAUCUAUUACACUACAAACAAGCAUCUGAAGCCGAAUGGCAUACUGUGGAACUAUCGCCCGAAGCUACGUCGUACACUUUGGACAUGCUGAAAUGUGGCACGACGUACAACGCGAAGACACAGGCCAGAAAUAAGAUAUCUAUAGGACCACCCAGUGAGAUCCUCACGGCCACUACCAGAGGAGGACGUCCAAAGCCUCCAAAGCCUGAAGACCACGUGCAUAUGAAUUCCACAGCGAUCAAAAUAAACUUCUACGCUUGGCGUGACGGCGGCUGCCCAAUUCUCGGCUUCAGAGUCUCUUACCGGAAAGCUGGAACAGAACAUUGGAUAAAGGUCGGGGACGGGUUGAGUUCAGCCGGCCACGUGAUCGGCUCUCUGACGCCCGGAACAUGGUAUGAGGUUUGCGUGGAAGCCUACAGCGACGCUGGUCCCGAGCGUGUGACCUUACACGUCGAUACACACACCUUGGCCGGAGGUCGCAUUCCACCACUUAAGCCUUCAUCACCGCUGUCGGGUAGCUCGCGGCAAAGCUCGCUACGAACCGUGCUGGUGUCUUGUGUGGCCAGCGGAGUCGUCAUUGUCGUGACGUUGGCAGCGAUCAUCUGUCUAAUACAUGGAAAAAAGAAAUUCUUCUGCCUUUCAAGUGACCACUACAUGAGAGAUGAUAGAAAACUGAGCGAGAGUAACGAAGCGGAAAGAGAGAAGCUAAGAGAAGGACAGAAACUAUACUCGUCGUCUUCUAUCAAUGGAAACGAAAAGUCAAACGAUGACUCUUCAGCCGAACUGUACGAGAUAAGCCCGUACGCGACUUUCGGCGUGUCGGCUGCGCACUCGCUCCAGUUCCGCACGCUGGCGCGCCGAGAGGACGACGCGGCGCCCCCGCACCGCCGCCGCCACCGGGCCUGCGACCACUAUCGAUACGAUGAAUCGAGUCUCUCUAAAUGCUCGACAGUGGAGGCGCGACACCGCAUGCGCGCGGCGCCCGCCGCCCCCUGGAGGGACGCGCACACCGACUCAGACGACAACAGCGAUAGUGCCGCCAACACCACUACUAAGGGGUCGGGCACAUCGCCGUGUGGCAGCGCUUACGGCAGCGGCAGACGGAGCGCCCGCACCACCAGCAGCGGAGGUCCAAAUGGGAGCGACGGUCAUUCAGACAGUUUUGCCCCCGUCCCCGCUGAUAUAUCUUCUUUAAUCGACAAAUACCAACAGAGAAAAGAACAAGAACGUCGAGAAUGUACAAUACACGUGUAGCACGAAAUAAUAAUUUUGACUUUCUAAAACGGACUUAAAGUGUUUAAAUAGGAAUUUAAACAUCUUGAAAUUACCAGAUCGCACUUCUUUUUUUUUUUAUGAUUGAAGGAUUACUGGUGGCCCGCAGGCCUUUCCAGUUUCACCAGGACAGGUGGGCGAGCAAAGGCUCAGCCAGGAGAGAUCGCACUUCUCUGGUUGAUUACAAUAUUAUGUAAUUUUGAAACAUGUCUAUUAAUUUGACUGCAUUUCAUUUGUUAUCAUUUCAACGUCGAUAUUAAUUUUAAUGUGAAACCAGUUGUCAAACGGCACUUACCUAUUCUCAAACGUAAUUUAUUAAAAAAAUAUUGAUCUAUGUAACGAGAAAGCUGCUUUAUAAGGAUUGUAAUUAUUAAGUUGGUAAAACUGUAAAUAGCAUGAAA